AAAAAAGCUACAGCAGUGUUGCAGAGAAUAUUCUCACUGAAGAUUCAGCAUCCGAGACCAUCGCAAUGAGGAGCUUUCUGCUCUUGCUCUCGUUCAUUACAGGCUGUGAGGCCUCUUAUGUGUGGGGAUGCAGAGGUGGAUGGGUUAAUUUGACCCUGAAAUACCCUGAAACAAAUGAAACCUAUACAAGUAUUGAAGUACUUUUGGACCAAGACAAAAUCAUUCAAAUCACUCACAAUGACACGUGGGCAAACCAAGGCGUGUUUUCCAUGUACCAUGAUAAGCAAAAUAAAAGUCUCAGGGUGGGCAUCAAACCCAUUUCAAAGGAUGAUUAUGGGAAGUACAAGUUUAAAUUUAAAUCGGACGGAAAAUCUAUCUCCAAUGGAGACCAAAGAGUGAAAUUGAAAUCUGAUAACCCCUGCCAAAAACCAUUUCAUCUAACUGUGUCCAGAACAGCUGAAGCCAGGAUCUCAUGUGGUAACAAAGAAUACGAAGACAACUACAGAGUCAAGUUUUUCUGCAAAGAGAACGGUCCAAUCUGUGAGGAUGUUUUAUCAACCAAAUCUGCUCUGAGGUCAAACGGGAGCUUCACUCUCACAGAAAAAGAGAGGGGCUUCACUGUGUCCAUCAGUAAUGUGUCCGCACAGGAUGCUGGAGUGUACUGGUGUGGAGUGGAAUCAACUGAAAUUAGAUACCGAGCUGCACUCAGGAAAAUACAGCUGAAGGUGGAAGAUGGCCCUCUUAUCUUCAUUCCUGUGAUCAUCCGUGUAGCUGUGUGGCUGCUGCUGCUGUCUGUGCUCAUUUUGAUCCUGAUCUGCACACGAUAUUCCAAAAACAAAAGAAAUGCCGCAGCAGAACAGCACGUCCCAGAGAUCUUAUAUACAAGAAGAUACAGGAGCGCACCCAGAAGCCUGACUCAGGGAAUGCAAUAACCACGAUUUAUUCCAGGGACAACUUUCCCUCAAACCCCUCUGCCUCGCUGCAUUACUGUACCAUCAACUUUAAAAGCGUCUCUGGUGAAGCUGCUGAGGUACUGAUGACCAAACCCAGCUCCUCUGCAUGUGAAUAUGCUACUGUGAAGGACACACAAAUAGCAACCUCCUCUGAUGGGCCCUCUUCUCUACUCUACCGUCAACAAGACACAGCGGCAAUGAGGAAAGACCACAUCUACUGAAUGUAUGUGCAUCAUUUCAGCUCCUUUAUUUCUGAUCUUAUUUACACUGAAAUCCAGCUCAGACAUCAGAAAUUACACACCGACAUUAAGAUGUUGGGACCUGAAUCCUGACACACAGGAUUUACGAUAUCACUCACAUUGUUUAUGGUUAGAAACUGUUACUGGAAGGACUGGGGGAAAAAUUGGAAUUGGUAAACUGGCUGAUUAUAUGUUGGACUGUUGGACGGUGUCUGUGUCACUUCUGUAGGUGUUAGAGACUGAAGUGUAACAUCUCAAAUUUACCCCCUCAAAAAAAGGAUGUUAAGAACUGUAUUCAAUAGUAUAAAAUCAACUUCAGCAUUAUAAAGUAUAACUGAACUGUGGCUAUGUACAACUGAUUGUAUUAUACUGAAUUGGCUUAACGAUGGUUAUAAUCAUGUUUGUUUUCACUUCUUACUGAAUUGCAUCAAAUGAUCUUUUUUUAGUUUAAAGUAUGUUUGACUGUGUGUGUGCAGACCCCUGGGAGAAUAGCCAAAGCUCAUGCUAGUGCUUAUGGGGAGGCUAAUAGCGAAUAAAAAAUAAGCAGAACUGUAAUCAAUGAAGUCCAAAUGAUACCUGCUUGUUUUAAUUUGCUCUUAAAGUUAAAUGACAGUCUCAGCGAUGGAUUAGAUUACGUUUCAUUUAGCCAACAACUUUAUCCAAAUCAUCUUGCAUUGCCAUGAACGACAUUACCGACUCAAAUAACUUCUCACAGGUACUGUUCAUUACAAAAUAAUAAAAAAUACGAUGACCUGCAAAUGAAUCGAACAAAAACAAGGGUCCUUUACACUGCUGGGGGAAGCUAUGAGAUUAAUUACUACACUCACAUUGAAAUAAUCAACAGGCAAUAGAGUUAUAAAUCGUUAACCUGCAGAUUAAUCCACAAGUUAUAUCAUCGUUUUAAAAGCUGGUAUAUCAUAGCAGCGGUUUCAUGUGGUCUUGUGUUUUGGGUUGAGACUCAGUGUUUCACAUCCUGUCGUUUUUGGGUUAGGGUUAGUUAGUUAUAGCUUUUCUAGGUCAAGCUGAUAGGUUGAUGUUGUAAAAUAAAACCCCUCAUAGAUAAAUGACUAUGAAAAAUAAGUAUCAUGCAGCUACAGUCCUCAUGACGACUUUGAAAAUGAGCCGUUGGUGGAACUGUUAGCUUCUGUGCUGACAGUCUUAAUCAGUCAUAGCAUUCACUCACAGCACACACUCUACACACACUGCAGGAGCACAUUACUGCUGACUUCAAACUCACUGCCCACACACAGGUUAGAGUCAGGGACUUUCUAAGAAUUGUUUUUCACUUUUUAGAGUCAGUUUCAAUUUACUGGGCUCUGAACUAUCUAUCUGUAAAGGGGGAGGAGAAAUAACUAAGACUUCAGAGAAGGAGGUUAAAGGGGGGAGGAUAGAAGUUUGAUGGGGUUAGGAGUUGUUAGAUAUAAUGAAAGAUAUACAUUCAGGAAAUAUCAGGCACUGGAGACCAACCAACACCAGACGACUGAUCUCAGGGAAGACGUCAGCGUCCAAAACCAACAAUGAAGAGCUUUCUCCUCCUCAUCCUCUCACUGAUGACAGGUUGUGAGGCCAGUGAUGUGGUGAAUGGAUGCAGAGAAGGAUGGGUUGAAUUCAUCUUUAAAUACCCUGAUGCAAAUGGAAACUAUCAAAAAAUUGAUCUAUUAAAGGCAGAUAAAUUAAUCAUAGGAAGCAUUAGGAAGGAUGUAUGGGAAAACAAAGGUAGGCUUCACCUGCACCAUGACACAAAAAACAGACAAUUCAACGUGAUUAUUAAACAACUUCAACAAGAGGACUUUGGGGAAUAUAGGUGUGAACUGUACGGAACCAUCGAGUCUUCCCCCGAGAGAGUGAACCUAGGCUGGUUAUUUGCUGCAGGCUACCAGCAACCAUUUCAUCAAACUGCGUACAGAACAGCUAAAACCACCAUCUCAUGUGAAGACAACGGAAACAAAGACGAUUUCAGAGUCAGGUUUUUCUGCAAAGAGAACGGUCCAAUCUGUGAGGAUGUUUUAUCAACUAAAUCUGCUCUGAGGUCAAACGGGAGCUUCACGCUCACAGAAACAGAGAGGGGCUUCACUGUGUCCAUCAGUGAUGUGUCCGCACAGCACGCUGGAGUCUACUGGUGGGGAGUGGAAUCAACUGAAGGAAGUUACCGAGCUGCACUCAGGAAAAUACAGCUGAAGGUGGAAGCUUACAUCAAAAGCUUCACUAGGUCUCCAACUAUUGGACAGAGGAUUACAUACUGGUGUGAAUAUCCAGAGGGUGCUCUGAAAGAGAGAUUCAUCUGUAAGGGAGAAGAUCCAUCUUUAUGUGAACGUGUAGUCAGCACUGCCCAAAACACUGGCAGGUUUUCCAUGACUGAUGAGACGGUUAAGAGAAACAUCACCAUAACAGUGACAGACGUGACAGCAGGAGACAGCGGGACAUACUGGUGUGGAGCAGAAAGCGAGACUGAAACACAAAGGCAAUACUUCUACCACAGAUUAGUGAUGACUGUUGUGCCACCAGUUCUGUCUACAACCUCAUCACCAUCAUCUUCCAAACAGCCAGCUACUGUCUCUUCUUACGGCUUUGAUCGGGCCUCUGUGUUGGAGAUUGCCUUGGCUCUCUCUUUGGAUGUGAUGCUGGUUAUGCUCGCAGUAUAUUUAGGCUACAGAGGAUGUGCACCUUGUAAAAGAACAGAGGAGUACAAGGCAAAGCUAACAGGCCCCUGUAACAGCAAUACUCGAUGACUGCUCCAUCUUUGACAAAUGUGUCGUUAUAUCUGACUAACAAAGCCCUCUCUCUGAUGUGAACCUGUCUUCCUGCACUUCAUGGUUGUGUUACCAGUGAAGGAAACGUUUGAUGCCCUUCCUCUGGAAACAUACCAAAGUACAUUCUUUGUAUGUGUAAGCCUACUUGUUAAUAAAAAACGAUUCUGAUUAUUUCUGUUCAGAUUUAGCGGCACCAUCUUUUUAAAUAUAUACCAGCUCUUCCUCCUUUGCACGCUAAUGCAGUUACAAUGGAUGUGACAUUUGAGUCAUUUCCUCUGACACCGGGCACUUCCUGUUUGGACUGAACCCACACAAAUGAUGCAACCACGCGCUGACAUAAUUCAGCUUCUUGUACUUUGGGUAACUUUGUAUUGCGGUUUGCUGUUGUACUUCAAGUGCAUUA